CCGGCCACGGCCCCGCCGGAGAUGAAGGGCGGGCGGCGCGGCACGUUCGGGGCCGUCACCAUCGAGAAGUCCAAGCUCGACCUCUCCCAGAAGAAGCUCAAAGGCGUCCAGCCCGAGCUGGCAACCGGCAGUGGUGGUGGAGACAAUGGGAGACGAAUUGGCUAUGGUGGUGGUAAUAGUGGAGAUGAUGAUGGUGAUGAUGAUGAUUACUUUGAAGACUCUGAAGAUGGAGAUGAAGAAGGUGGAUUUUUCAGAAGACGUAUUAUUAUACAAGAGCUUUUUAAAAGAGAGUUUGUUGAUGCUGUUCUUCAAGAGUGGUACAAAACGAUGAGUAAUUUGCCUGCUGGCUUGCGUCAAGCUCACGAAAUGGGUUUGGUCAGCUCUGCUCAGAUGGUCCAAUAUCUAUCAAAUUUUGGAAGGCCUACAAAGGCUAGAUAUUUCUCUCGAGCUUUUCCAGGCUUCUUCUCAAGUGGCCUUGUUGGAAGAAUGCUUGCAGAUCCAUCUUUCCUGCACAAGAUGACCUUUGAGUUGCUAGCUACAGUCAGUUCUUCUGUUUGGUGGGAGAUGAAGAAUCGCAAGGAGAGGUUCCAACAAGAAUGGGAUUUGGUGCUGCUCAAUGUAUUUUCUGCUACAGUUUGCAAUUUAGCAGUUUUCUGUUCACUUGCGCCAUGCCGUUCAUAUAUGAUCCAGAAACUUCCCAACAAUAUAUUCGAGAAGAGCUAUCCUAUGAGACAGUUUGAUCUUCUAACAAGAACCCAGUCCUUAUUUAGCAAGGCUGCUGAGCUUUGCCUAGGUGGGCUAAUUGUUGGCUCCAUUCAAGGUGGUCUAUCCAAUGUCCUUUCUGCUGGAAGAGAAAGAAGGUUAUCGAUGACUGUUCCUUCUAUCAGCAACAAUGCUCUUAGUUAUGGAGCUUUCUACGGGCUUUAUGCAAAUCUGCGGUAUCAAAUGUUAUGUGGUCUUGAAAGAUCAAUGGCUGACCGUUUUGAUGUUCUUGGUGUUACAAUCUUCUUCAGCACAGCAAUAAGAUUGAUGAACAUUCAAAUCGGGGAGGUAUCAAGACGUGCCUGGCUUGGUGAGGGAGCAGAUGUGCUAAACUCGGAUAAUCUGUUGAGAGCUUACAACGGACCAGCAGCGGAGCUUGCCAUUGAUGAACAACAGCCAGGGUGGUUUAUUUCCAAGAAUGCAAUUGUAUCUGGCUUAAAUCUUCUAGGUGUCACGCAUGGUUUACAUGAAGAGGUCACUCCAAAGCGUCGACGGAAGAGACUCGUCCAAAAGAAGUAGGGUGGACCAGGGAAUUUUUUAACUGCUCUUUCAAUGGAAGCUGAGUUCGCUCGUUCUGAUACCCAUGCUGGAACAUUUUCCUUCCGUUCCACUAUGCCUUGUGUUCCCUAUCGAAGUAGGAUGGCUGAGGAAAAUUUGUAACUGGUAUUACGGUUGCAAUUUGAGGCAAGCAAGAUAUGGAGGCUUGCAAUGUUUUGCUCUUGAGGCGAUUCAUCUGGUAGCCUGUAGGCCUUUACGUUUUCGUUUGUGAUGUUUUGAGCACAGAUUACACCUCCAAAGUUCUAACUGUUAUGUCGAGACUAAAGAUCCUGCCACAGCGCUGGUAAAUAUCAGAGGAUGUCAUAGAUAUAUUUAUUUAUUCAGAUUGUGUUCUAUGUUUUGAGUUCCUAGAAA